GGGAGUUGUAGUUUUCCCUGACCGAGGGCUGGCCCGGGUGGGGAGGCGUCGCCGAGGGCUGGUCGGACUCAGUUUCCCACAGUGCCCCGGGCGGGUGUCAUGGCGAAGGAUGACACCGGAGUUUGACGAAGAAGUGGUGUUUGAGUUAUAAAUCAACAUUAGUCAGGAAAAAUUGCACCAUCCUGGUAAGUUUCAAACUGCUUCUACUGAUGCUGCCAGGAAAAUGCUACUGUGCAGGAGCACAGGUGCAAUUACAUUGACUGUUACUUCUCAUCUUCUGCGUGGGUCACCCUGGAGGCACAAGUGGAAAGAAACAGGGAGGUGGGAGAGAUUCUCACAGACACAUGGGAAGAGCAUAGAAGAGAGAAAUGGAAUUCCCUUUUCCGGGAGACACAGACUGCACUAUCUAAUUCUCCACUUUACCAGUAUUUGCAGGAUUUGGGCCAUACAGAUUUUGAAAUAUGUUCAGCUGUAUCGCAGAAGACAGAACAAUGCACAGCAGAGGAGGGGCAACAAGAACAAGAUGCCACCCAGAAAUGGAGAGUUCUGUUUUCAAUGGAUAUGCUCCAGCUAUGUGCUAAGCAAGAGCCUGGAGGAAAAAAGAGACCUUUAUGCAGAUAUCUCUGCCCAGAACACUGCAGGGUGGGGUGCCCCCCAACACUAUAAAGGCAUCCUGUCAAAACUAGCUGAGCUCUUUAAAAGCUCAUUUCCUUUUUCACCAUGUAAGAAAAAAGAUGACCUACUCUACCGAUUGGAUGUUGGGUUUCGACUAGACUCUCUCUAUACCAUCCUGCAACAGGAAGUUCUGCUACAUGAGGAUGUGGAGCUGAUAGAGCUACUCGACCCCAGUAUCCUGUCUGCAGGGCAGUCCAAGCAACAGAAAAAUGGACACCUUUCAACGCUAUGCUCCCUAGCAACUCCUAAUAUUUGGGAUGUCUCUCUGCUGCUUGCCUUUGUCAGUGCAUUGAUUAUACUUCCUUCAUGGUGGAAUGGAUCAUUCUGGCUGGUGUUGGGACUAGUUCUGUUUGUCUAUGUGAUCACACGAGCUCUAGGCACAUGGAGGAUAGCCAAGCUGCAAAUGUCCCUGAGAAAAUAUAGACUACAGCUGGAAGAGACAGUGGCAAAUAGCCGCGCUUUUACUAAUCUUGUGAGAAAAGCCCUGCGACUCAUUCAAGAGACUGAAGUCAUUUCCAGAGGAUUUACCCUUUUGCUUGACAGGGUCAGUGCUGCUUGCCCAUUUAAUAAAGCUGGACAGCAUCCUAGUCAGCAUCUCAUCGGUCUUCGGAAAGCUGUUUAUCGAUCUGUCAGAGCCAACUUUCGAGCUUCAAGACUAGCUACUUUGUACAUGCUGAAAAACUACCCUCUGAAUGCGGAGAGUGACAACUUGACCAACUACAUCUGUGUAGUUCCUUUUAAGGAACUGGGUCUGGGUCUGAGUGAAGAGCAGGUGUCCGAAGAGGAGGCACACAACCUCACAGAUGGCUUCAGCCUGCCUGCACUCAAGGUUCUGUUUCAGCUGUGGGUAGGACAGAGUUCAGAGUUCUUCAGACGAUUAGCACUGCUGCUCUCUCCAGUUAAUGCAUCCCCUGAGCCCUUGAUCACUCCAGAACGUUUACCUCAUUGUAUUUUGUCUGAUGUGACUCAAAGUCUACCUCAAACUCAUGCUGCCUGCUUAGAAGAGCUUAAGCGAAGCUAUGAGUUUUAUCGGUACUUUGAAACUCAGCAUCAGUUAGGCUUGGAAUGUGCAACCAAAACAAAACCAAAGUCAAGAGCUCUGAACAGCCUUCACACAGCAGUGCGCAGCUUGCAGCUCCAUCUCAAGGCCCUACUGAAUGAGGUAAUAAUUCUUGAGGACGAACUUGAAAAACUAGUUAGCUCUAAGGAGACACAAGAACUAACUUCAGAAGCCUAUCAAGUCCUAGAACAGAAACUAAAGCUGAUUCAGCCUCACAUCCAGGCAAGCAACAGCUGCUGGGAAGAGGCCAUUUCUCAGGUGGAAAAAAUGGUUAGAAGAAACCCGGAUAAAAAGGGCAAACCUGAAUCAUCUUGUGAUAACACACACUGCCCCGUGAUACCAUUACUACAGCCUGCCCUGCGUAUAGAGGACAAAGACCCAAUCCCUGAAGAGCAGGAAUUGGAAGCAUAUGUUGAAGAUACAGAUACAGACAAUGAGUACAAAAGGGAGGACUUUUAUUGCUUUUCCCAGGAAGAGAGAGAGAGACAAAAACGUGAGAGAGAGGAAUCCAAGAGAGUGUUACAAGAACUGAAAUCUGUGCUGGGAUUUAGAGCUUCAGAGGUAGAGAGACAGAAAUGGAAGCAGCUGUUAUUUAGCGAUCAUGCUGCAGUGAAGACAUACAGCCUUGAGAAGUCGCAAUAAUCGAGACUUGAUGGUCUCUGAUCUCUUCCCAUAAACCCAUUGACUAGAGGUGGAUUAUCAAUCUGCCUCUGCUCAGCUUCUUCCUCCCCUCUGCUCAGCUUCCUGCUUGCAGUUUCUCCAGCUUCACCCUUCUCCAGUGUUUGAUACAGCAGAACAAUUCCCCCUAACAAGGCUGUAUCUUAGCAUGUAGCCACACGCCCAUAUGAACAUAUGUGAAUCUUGGUGCAGCUUUGGGCUGGACCUUGGAAUAGGUGCCCAGAUAGUUGUAUUCCUUGUCGCAACCAGAUACAGCAAUUCAAUCGAUGAGGGGCAUGGCAGCACAGUCUGGGGUCAUGCUAUUGCAGGUUAGCCUACCACAAUAGCCUAACUGACCCUGUGAUUGCUUAUCCCCAUGCUUAGUGUGUGGUGAAGGCAGAUGCUGUGCUCCGAUGGUGGUAGGAGCUCCACAGGGUAGCCCCCUUUUUCCGUGAACUUUCCUUCACCUGAGUUUCAGGUUAACAGCUGCCAGUCCCCUCCUAGAGCCUUUUUCCACCCAGGUAUGACUCAUCAGAAAUAUCCCUCGACUUAUUCCUGGCUGCUGCCACGUGUCCCCCAGAAAGAUGGGAAGCAUAGAGCUGGUUUAUGACAACAGGCUAGGGGAGGGGAAAUUGCUUGGUUUCUUUAGGGAAAGGAGGCUUGUAGGAGGGAUUGUCUGCUGUGUUAGGCCUUGGUGUAUAAUUUAGUUCUAAUGUGUUGCAUAAUACAAAAGAUCUUGCUUAUUCUACUGAUGAAAACACUAUAUAGGAGCUAGGUAUUAUUAUUAUCACUUGCCAUUUCCAGUACUUUUGAUCUUGAAUAUGGAACAGAUCAAAUAGCUGCUGUUAGAGAGAGGGAUCGGUUUACCCCAUCCACCCCCCCCCCCAAAAAAUCCUUUAUAUUUUUCUUUUCUUCCCAGAAAGUUUUGAGCUGCCUCUGUGUAUUCUUUAUAACGUACCAUAUGCAAAUAUUCUUUGGGAAGUGAUACCACCACUUUGGACAGUCAAGAUUUUCUAUGGAAGGCCUGAACAUGUUUCCUAUGCUGCCAGGAAUGUGUAUAUAUACAUAUAUGAAGACAUAAGAUUGUAACUUUUGAGCAAGUCGCUUCCUUUAACCAUUUGAAAUUUUCUGUUUCUGAAGUUCUCUAUUAAUAUAUUAGACACUUGUCUUAUACUGUGUACUACUUUGUAUCAGCUGUAUACUAUAUUAUUCCUUUCUCUCAUUAAAACCUGUUCUUCCUCAUC